AUGUGCCGCACACGUCCCGCCGUGAGCCCCACACACUCUGACUCUGGCCUGGGCCCCAAACGUGCUGGCGUGUGUCCCACACGUGCUGGCGUGUGCCUGCCAGAGCUUCCGUUGGACUGGCUUGCUGCACCUCUCAUGGAGCCGCUGCCGUCUCCCUCUGCUGCUGCUGCUUUUGAUGAUGGUGCUGCUACUGGUGGUGGUUCUGCUGCUGCCACUGGUGGUGCUGUUGCAGCUCUCGUGAUGCCUCUGCAGGAUCCCUUUGAGGGACUGGAUGGCUUUGUCUGCGCUUCUACCCCCGCUGCUGCUGCUUCUGGUGCUGUUGGUGCCGCUGCCGCUGCUGCCAUUGCUGGGGCCAUUGCAGCAGCAGGGGCGAGGCAAAUCACCGGGAAGAGCGCUACAGAGAAGCAACGUCGAUCCAGAAUCACAGAGCGACUAGAGGCCCUCAAGGCAGCGAUUCCAGCAGAGGUGCUUGUGAGGCAGCAGGGGCGGGCGGGGUUCAGCAAUCGCACGCAGAUAGCCACUCUGCUGGAGGCAGCCGUGGGGUUCAUUGAGGGCAUGCACGAGUACAAGCGCGAGCUGCAGAGGCAGCUGGGGGCCUCGUAA